UACUAGGCUCGGAUGAACCAUUCCCGACUAACGCUGAUCUGGCUCUGGACAUGAACCCCAUGAAGGAACGUGUCCAACCCUCGCUUGGCCUCCCUGAUCCAUAGAUAACCAAGAGAUCACGAAAGCGACUAGAUACAACGGAUGGUGAUAGCGGUGCGGAGGGGGGACCCUGAAGAAUGGAAGAUCAAACAACAAACAACGAAGCAGGAGCGGCAAAUCCGUUUGCCAGAACUGGGUUGGCGAGGACACCACCAUCGCAAACCCAGCAGGUGCAAAAGCUACAAGGGCAAGAGAAGGAGCACCAACAGAUGCAGCAGCAGCAAUACAGCGCAUGGUCGAGAGUACCAAAACUACCAAGGGUAGAAGUAGCCAAAAAGCUGGUAGACGAGCUGCACGAAUACGUCGACAAACGGAGCAACGUGCACAAGGACAUCAAAGCGUUGGUGAUUAAGAUCCAAGGGGCCCUUGGAUCGGCAGUUAAAGAGUGGAAGAGUAUGGCACAGAGAGCCGAAGAUGCAGAGAAGGAGCUCUUGGCAGCCAAGACUGCCAGUGAAGCAAGCCGAACGUCGGAAGCGAGAAGGCAGAUCACUAACAAAACUGCGGAGAAAAAUAGCGUGGUGGAAAGCAUCUCCCAGAGGAUGCAAACUACACCCUUUUUCACGCCGAAGAGACCAAGGGCAUCGCCAGGAGAAGUGAGACCCGGUGGCUCCAAGAAACAUAAGGACGCCCCCGUUACUGGUGCACGCCAUCCAGUAGAGAAUGUCGUCGCAGACGGCCAUACCCCUUGGCAGGUCGUCGGCAAAAGAAAAGCGAAGUCGGCCGGUAAAAGCAGGUCCGACAAACGGAAGCUCAUAAAGAGAAAAAAUAAAGGUGAAGCUCUCAUCGUCAAAACAAGUGACGACUCGUACGCGGAAGUUCUGCGCACCAUGCGGACUAAUCCGGACCUUAGGGAGCUAGGGGAAGACGUGAAGAAAAUUAGGCGCACCCGCAAUGGGGAAAUGAUCCUCGAGUUAAGAAGGGAUCCAAAAGGAAGCAGCUCCUCCUACAAAGAGCUUACCGAGAAAGCUAUGGGCGAUAAGGUCGAAGUCAGGGCCCUAUGUCCGGAAGCAACCCUCCUAUGCAAAGACUUGGACGAGGUCACAUCGGAGCAGGAAGUUGAAGUAGCUAUGAAGGAGCAGUGCGAGCUAGGAGAAGCCUGGAUGACCAUCCGUGUAAGAAACGGACCUUCUGGCACGAAGGUGGCAUCGAUCAAACUACCGAUCGAUGCAGCCAAUAAGGCACUAAGAGUUGGCAAGAUCAAAAUAGGCUGGUGUGUGUGCCCCCUGAGUAUCUCUCAGCAACCGGAAGUGUGUUUCAAAUGCCUAGAGUACGGCCAUCUGGCAAGAGAUUGCAAAGGGCCUGACAGAAGCAAACUAUGCAGAAGGUGUGGUGAGGAAGGCCACAAAGCUCAGGAUUGCAGGAAGUCCCCGAAGUGCCUCAUCUGCGCAAACACAGAGAACAGCAACCAUCCGACAGGUGGCCGAAGAUGCCCGGCCUUCAAGCAAGUGAGUGCAACUAAGUCCCAGUGGAGGUAAUCCAAAUCAACCUCAACCACUGUGAGACUGCACAGCUUUUGCUGCGACAAGCCGUUGUGGAGCAAAACUGCGAUGUUGCUAUUAUUUCGGAGCCAUACCGAAUUCCCCCCGGAGAUGGAAACUGGACAGCAGAUAGGGCGAAAACAGUAGCAGUCUGGACAGCGGGAAGAUAUCCCGUGCAAGAAGUGUACUGCGCAGAUGAAGGUUUUGUGGUUGUGAAAAUCAACGGAAUUUUUAUAUGUAGCUGCUAUGCCCCACCAAAAUGGACGAUAGAGCAGUUUAACCAAAUGCUGGACUGGAUAACCGAGGAGCUAAUCGGCCGAAGACCAGUCGUCAUUGCCGGCGAUUUUAACGCUUGGGCGGUCGAAUGGGGUAGCCGUCUCACAACCCCAAGAGGAAGUAGUCUACUGGAGGCCCUAGCUAAGCUAAACAUAGACAUCGCCAACGAAGGUAGCACCAGUACGUAUCGUAGGGAAGGUAGAGAGUCUAUCGUCGACGUCACCUUUUGCAGUCCUGUUCUGAUGGGAGCGAUAAAUUGGAGAGUAUGUGAGGAAUACACCCACAGCGACCAUCAAGCCAUCCGGUACCAUAUUGGAGGCAGGGCUCGGCUGGAGUCACGUGGGACACAAACGAAUGAGCGGAGGUGGAGGACAGCGAACUUCGAAAAGGACGUGUUUGUGGAGGCGCUAAGGCUGGAGAGCAAUUCACUGAACCUCAGUGCAGACGAGCUGGUAGCGGUACUAUCCCGCGCGUGCGACGCUACAAUGCCAAGGAUGGGAAAACCAAGAAACAGUCGACACCCCGUCUACUGGUGGAACCCAACGAUUGCUGAUCUGCGAGCACAGUGCUUACGAGCUAGAAGAAGGAUGCAGAGGGCUAGAAAUGACGGUGAUAGGGAGCAACGUAGGUUACCUUACAGAGCAGCAAGAGCCGCAUUGAACAAAGCGGUCAAGCUCAGCAAGAAAGCCUGUCUUGACAAUCUCUGUCAUAAGGCCAACUUGAAUCCAUGGGGUAGUGCGUACAAAGUAGCAAUGUCGAAGAUAAAAGGUCCUGCGGUACCACCCGACAGAUGCCCGGAAAAGAUGAAAGUUAUCAUCGAGGCACUGUUUCCGAUUCACGAGCCAACAAUCUGGCCGCCCACACCGUACGUCAAUCAGGAUACCCACGAAUACCCACGAUGAAGAAAUCAGGGUGACUAACGAAGAGCUGAUCGCGGUAGCGAAAGUCUUGCCAAUCGAGAGAGCCCCUGGCCCGGACGGGAUACCAAACGUGGCACUAAAAGCAGCAAUCUACAAAAACCCGGAUAUGUUCAGGAGCACAAUACAACAUUGCAUUCAGGAGGGCAGUUUCCCUGACAUCUGGAAACGACAGAAAUUGGUGCUACUGCCAAAGCCUGGGAAACUUCCCGGCGACCCAUCAGCGUAUAGGCCGAUAUGCCUAUUGGAUACCGUUGGUAAAUUGUUGGAGAGAGUGGUCCUAAACAGGCUCACGAAAUACACUGAGAGUGAGAGCGGUCUAUCAGAAUUGCAGUUCGGAUUCCGGAAAGGCAGGAGCACUGUAGAUGCCAUCAGAACGGUUGUGGAUGCUAUGCAGACGGCGCAGAAGCAACAGAGAAGGGGAAACCGUUACUGCGCGGUGGUCACCCUAGACGUCAAAAAUGCUUUCAACAGUGCCAGCUGGGCAGCAAUUGCCGAUUCGCUGCACAGGCUGAGGGUACCUGAGUAUCUGUGCCAGAUUCUGAAAAGUUAUUUCCAGAACCGCAGAUUGAUCUACGAAACAGACGCCGGAAAGAGGAGUGUGGCUAUUACGGCGGGCGUUCCGCAGGGAUCCAUUCUGGGCCCGACUCUCUGGAACGUCAUGUACGAUGAGGUUUUGAAACUGAGCCUUCCCAGAGGAGUAAAGGUCGUCGGAUUUGCGGAUGACGUGGCGCUGCUUGUGAUCGGAGAAACACGAGAGGAAGUAGAAGUACUGGCCACGGAGGCGAUAGACACGGUGGAAGACUGGAUGCGGGAGAAGAAGCUAUCUCUAGCUCACCACAAGACUGAGAUAGUUGUCAUCAGCAACCGGAAGAAUGUGCAGCAUGCAACAAUUGUGGUUGGCGAGUGUACUAUCGACUCGAAGCGCGAAGUCAGGCACUUGGGAGUGAUGCUAGACGACCGACUGAACUUCAACAACCACGUUGACUACGUCUGCAAGAAGGCCACGGUGGUGAUCUCGGCACUAUCCCGGAUCAUGCCUAACAACUCUGCGAUCAUCAGCAGCAAGCGGAGACUACUAGCGAGCGUAUCAUCAUCCAUCGUCAGAUACGCAGCCCCAGUGUGGUCGUCGGCAUUAAAGACUGGAAGAAACCGCGCCCAGCUGAACCGUACGUC